UUGACCAGUCUCAUCAUUUCCAGUCCAUCGCCGGUCGCCGCGUCGGAUGCCCGGAUUCACCCAUCCGCGGCCGUCCCUGCGCUCGGGUCCAUUCAGCCCAGUGAUGAGACGACCAGCAGCGAGCGGUGACAGCAUGCCCUGCUAUUUUCUAGCUGCGAGAGCGGUCUUUACUCCGCAGGGCAGCUGCUUGAUGAAAUGCCUGCGCCGUGCAUCCCCACUGCAUCUGCCUGGCGGAUUUCCUGCCCCAUUCAAGCCGCGUCUCUGCUCUGCACCUGGAGGUGCCUUCUUGGCCUGCCAGGGGCUGAGCUACAACGUACUUACAAAUGGCACGAACAUGGUGGGGAAUAAGACACCUUGAGGUCAGAGCAGCUAGGACCUAGGAGUUUCAACAUCCCACUUCUCCUGGUGACAGAUUGGGCACGAACAAGAGGAUGUUGGUGGAUCUGCAAGUGACACGUAGGCCAAUGAGGUGUCCAGGUUGUGGAUAUAGCAGCAUAUGUAUGGCUUGAGUGCAAUUUAGCAUCAUCGUCUCCAUCCUUCACAAGCCGAUCCACUUGGAUAGCCAUCAAAAUUGCAGAAUAUCAGUGAGCUUGGUGAGCUGUGGAGAAUCCUUGGCAUGGUAAUCAAGUUGCAGCAAUACACCAAUGAGGUUCUGAAAAUCAUGCUCGCCUCAUGAUGGUUAUGUUGAAGAAGGUGUUGGUUAGCAAUCGAUGCUAAUUGGUUCCUGAAUCACCAUGUUCAAGGGUAUUGUAACAUGUGGUGCUGGUGGCCCCAUUUGAGUGGAGGAGGAUAAGUGAGAAAAUAAGAUGAGCAAGGAAACUCUCUGGUCAAAACUGAACUCUGAGGAUCUUUAGAAAUCAUUGAAGCAAUAUUUGCAAUUCUGCAUGUAAGAAACAGCAGAAGAAGACGUGUCUAGAGGUGGUGUGCGCCAGAGGACAGUGAAUAGACAUGGAAUUGGCAUCUACCUAUGCAGAUAUAUGUAUGUAUUGAAGGUUGUGUAGCAUUAUCUUCACCGCAGCACUGCAAGUCAGUGUCACUUGCAUGGCCAUAAAAAUUACAAAAUAUCAGUCCUUGUUUUCUUCGUAUGCCACUGUGCGACCCCGAAGGAGAAAACUGAAGCUGCUUCCAUUGCCUGAUUUCUCCUCCUCCUGCACUGGUACUGCUCAUAUCUCUUCUUAUCAUCAAGGUCAUCUCCGACUAGUUCCAUGUGCAGUCCCCUGCGAACAACCAGCAUUAGCAGAUGAUUGCGGUUUGUCUUCCCGUCAUGGAAUCAGAAACAGGGAAAGAAGGAGAAGGUGGAGGAAGAGAAAGCAAACGGCCAAAGAAGAAGGUGCGUGUGUGCCAUCUGAGGAACUGUCGAUUAGGACAGUAAAGCUCUACCAGAGUGGUGACCCUCUUGGGCGAAAAGAGUUGGGCCGACAUGUGGUGCAAUGGCUAAAGCAGGGCAUGCACUUAAUGGCCUCUAAGUUUGCUUCCUCAGAGAUACAAGAUGAUGGGACAGCAUUAUUGUUAGACGGGGGGUCGUCAGAUAGCCAUAUGGGGUUUGUGAUGCAGGCACAGCCAUACCUUUCUGCAACUCCCAUGCCCAAGGGACAGGAGUCUCUUUGCUUCAAGGCCUCAACGCACUACCCCACACUGUUUGACAACUUUCAGAGAGAACUCCGUGAUGUUUUGUUGCAACAGCAGAAUGAGGGAAUUAUUACUGAUUGGCGCUCCACACAAUGCUGGAUGCUUCUGAAAGAACUGGUUAAAUCCGCAGAGCAUCGAGCAGCUGUGCGCAGAUCUAGGAAUCCAGUUAUGCACAUUACCCUUGGCAUAAGCCUGGAAAAGACAAGGCUGAUGCAGACGAAAAUAGAUGACUUUGUUAAGAAGAUGACAGACCUUCUACACCUAGAACGAGAUGCAGAACUGGAGUUCACCCAGGCAGAGUUGAAUGCCACUUCAAUUAUUUAUGCAAAGUCAGAAAAGGCAGUCCAGCCAGUUGACUACUUGUUAACUCAUGGUCAGGCCCAAGAGCAGCAUGACACCAUUUGCAAUUUGGAAGUUAUCAGCAGUACAACUGGGUUAUCAGGAUUACAUCUGGUCUUAUUUAGAGUUGAGGGAAAUCACAAACUUCCUCCAACUAGAUUCUCUCCGGGAGACAUGGUUUGUGUAAGGACAUGCAACAGCCAGGGUGAGGUUGCCACUUCUUGCAUGCAAGGCUUUGUCCAUAAUCUCAGUGAGGAUGACUGCACCAUUACAGUGGCAGUGAAUUCGCGCCGUGGUGAUCCUACAUUCUCCAAGCUUUUUGGCAAAAGUGUGCGGCUUGAUCGCAUACAGGCAUUGGCAGAUGCAGUGACAUAUGAGCGCAAUUGUGAGGCAUUGAUGCUUCUUCAGACGAGAGGUUUACAGAAAAGAAAUGCAUCUAUUGGGGUAGUAGCCACUCUGUUCGGAGACAAGGAAGAUGUGAAGUUGGAGCAAAAUAAUCUGAUUGAUUGGGGUGGAUCAGAAGUACAUGAUGAAGCUUUGUUGGAGAGGCAUAACUACAACUUUGAUACCUCUCAGUCAAAGGCUCUUGCACUGGCCUUGAACAAGAAGAGGCCUGUCCUAGUCAUCGAAGGGCCUCCUGGAACAGGCAAGACUGGUUUGCUUAGCUAUCUUAUUACAUGUGUUGUCCGCCGGGGUGAACGUGUUCUUGUAACAGCUCCAAGCAAUGCAGCGAUUGAUAACAUAGUGGAGAAAUUAUCAAGUACUGGACUGAACAUUGUACGAGUUGGAAAUCCAUCAAGGAUAUCUCAAUCUGUUGCUUCAAGGUCCUUAGGAGAGAUCGUUACAAGGAGGCUUGAGAAGUUCACUGGAGAAUUUGAGAGGAAAAAAUAUGACUUGAGAAAGGACUUAAAGCACUGCAUACAGGAUGAUUCUUUAGCUUCAGGUAUUCGCCAACUAUUGAAAAAACUUCGGAAGGACUAUAAGAGGAAAGAGAAGGAAACAAUCAUGGAGGUUCUGUCAAAUGCUGAGGUGGUGCUAUCAACUAAUAUAGGGGCAGCCGACCCACUUAUAAGGGGAAGUGGUUCCUUUGACCUUGUAAUUAUAGAUGAAGCUGGGCAAGCAAUUGAGCCGUCAUGCUGGAUCCCAAUAUUACAGGGAAAGCGAUGCAUUCUUGCUGGUGAUCACCGUCAGCUUGCACCUGUAGUAUUAUCAAGAGAGGCUAUAGAAGGUGGGCUAGGAAUUUCUUUAUUGGAAAGGGCUUCAUUGCUGCAUGAUGAGCUACUCACUACAACAUUAACAAUGCAAUACAGAAUGCACGAUGCAAUAGCUAGUUGGGCAUCAAAUGAGAUGUAUGACGGGUUGCUCAAAUCCUCCCCAUCUGUUGCUUCUCGACUUCUUGUUGAUUAUCCAUUUAUCAAGGCAACUUGGAUGACACAGUGUGCCUUGCUUUUACUUGAUACACGCAUGCCAUAUGGAAGUCUAAACAUUGACUGUGAGGAGAGCUUAGACCCAGCUGGUACAGGUUCUUUUUAUAAUAAUGGUGAGGCAGAUAUAGUUGCACAGCAUGUUCUCAGUCUUGUACAAUGCGGGGUCCCUCCAACUUCGAUUGCUGUUCAGUCCCCUUACAUUGCACAAGUACAAAUGUUACGGGACAGAUUGGAAGAGCAUCCAUUAGCUUCUGGAGUUGAGGUUUCAACAAUAGACAGCUUCCAGGGUAGGGAAGCAGAUGCAGUUGUCAUAUCCAUGGUUCGGUCAAACUCCUUUGGAGCAGUAGGAUUCCUUGGUGACAGCAGGCGUAUGAAUGUCGCCAUUACAAGGGGAAGGUCACAUGUUGCAGUGGUGUGCGAUAGUUCUACCAUUCGUAACAAUGCUUUCCUGGCUAGGCUCCUCCACCAUAUUCGGCAGCACGGCCAGGUCAGACAUGUGGAACCUGGUUCCUAGGACGGGGACUCUGGCCUUUGGCUUUAAUCCACCAGCCUUACCAUCCCUAGGUUAGUGAUGCACGAUAUGUGGCAUACUAAAUGUUGAAUUCUGUGGACGCAAAUUCUGUAACCCGCACAUGCCAAUUGGGUUUUCGGUCACUGUAUAAAUGUUGUGUGCUGAAUAUUCAGAUACAAAUCUGUACAGCAAACUGAAACUUCACAACGGAUAGUGGUUCUUUAAAUUUCUGAAUGUAUCCAAGUGGAAAAUUUUGAACAUGUA